AAAAAAAAAAAACAGCUGGGUGUUUUUUUUGCUUUUUUUUUUUAUUAGUGAGUUUUAAAUGAAGCAAGAAGUUUCAUUUCAUAUCUUUUAAUUUCUUCUUCUGCUUUGUGGGAGUGGGGUCCUUGAGUUUUUCACUGGUAAAUGACAGCCUAAUCACCAGCCUGGAAAGGGUUGUUGUUAUAGGUAAUAGUUUCUCUUCUCCCACUAAAAAGCUCUUUGCUUGAUGUGUUUUCAUGGCUGCACUUGCACUCAUUCAAUGUCAACUGGGUUUUGAUCCUUGACUCAAAAAAGGGGAAAACCCAAUUGCCAAUUUUACAUUUUCUACCAGGUUCUUCUUAUCUCCAUUUCCUCUCUUUCUCGUUUAGUUCCUAUCCAUUCUCUGUUUCUUAUUGCAGUAAAGGUGUAACUUUUAUGCAAAAAAAAGUUUCCGUCGUUGUGUUCUUUUGCAUUUUUCAGAUUGUAGUAGCAUUCAAAUUGGUUAGAUAGAUCUGGGGUCUAUGAGUAUAUGGGCUUCUGGUUGUGAGUGAUUGGGGAACUGGGUUUUUAGCAUUUUGCUAUUUGAAGUCUUGGUGAUACAUUUUGAAGUUCCAUUAAGUUUUUAAAGUGGGACAUAGAUUCUGCUAGUAGUAUUGGGAUUUAGUUCUUUAGGAGCUGGGCAGUGUCUUUAUAAUUUACGGUUUAUUGAGCUGAGAAUUGGGAUUCUUUUAUUUGCUAGGAGUUGUGUGAUUUGGGAUGCUGCAAAUGGUAAAGAUGAAAACUUUGAGUUGGUUCCCUUUGGCUCUUGCUCUUGUGCUACUUGAGCUUAUUGUUUGCAAUAGAUCAUUUGCUGCAUUCACUCCUCUUGAUAAUUACUUGAUUGCCUGUGGUUCUUCCCAAAAUGUUACCUUUCAAGGUAGAACUUUUGUUCCUGAUUCAGGGCAUUCAUCCCUCACAUUAAAGAGUGGAACUUCUGUAGUUGCUGUCUCCAAUUCUGGUUUCCCAUCUGCUAUUUAUCAAUCUGCUCGAGUCUUCUCUGGUACAGCUUCUUACAAAUUCAAAAUUCAGCAAGAAGGCAGGCAUUGGAUCCGCCUUUACUUUUAUCCUGUCCCAAACUCUGGUCAAAACUUGACAUCUGCAUCAAUUACUGCAGUUACAGAUGAUUUUGUGCUCUUAAACAAUUUCACUUUCAAGAACUAUAAUGGUUCUUAUAUGUUUAAGGAGUAUGCAGUCAAUGUGACAUCUGAUACCUUGACUAUUUCCUUCAUUCCUUCAAACAAUUCAGUCACGUUUGUUAAUGGAAUAGAAGUUGUUUCUGUUCCUGAUGAAAACUUCCCUGAUCAGGCAUUUUCUUUGAAUCCACGUGCCCCUUUUGGCGGUCUUUCUGAACUCGCUUUUGAAACUGUUUACCGGUUAAACAUGGGGGGUCCAUUGAUCACAGCCCAAAACGAUACUAUAGGAAGAAUUUGGGAGAACGACUCCAAAUAUCUCCAUGUGAACAGCUCUGCGGUGAAUGUUUCAGCCAACCCUGCAUCCAUAAAGUAUCCACCUUCUGUCACAACUGAAAUAGCACCAAAUUUGGUUUAUGCUUCUGCUGAAGCCAUGGGAGAUGCAAAUGUUCCAACCAUGAACUUCAAUAUAACUUGGGUCUUUUCUGUCGAUCCAAACUUCAGAUAUUUCAUUCGAGUGCAUUUCUGUGAUAUUGUUAGCAAGGCUCUGAACUCUCUCGUGUUCAAUCUAUAUGUAAAUGAUGAUAGUGCCCUUGAUAGUUUUGACCUUUCAUCUUUUACCGGUGAUUUAAAUGUACCCUAUUACAGAGAUUUCAUCUCUAAUGCCUCUUUGGAGUCGGAUACUUUGACUGUCAGCGUUGGUCCAGAUACGCAAGCUGACGUCACAAAUGCAACCAUGAAUGGGCUGGAGAUUUUGAAGAUCAGCAAUGAAGCUAAGAGCUUGGAUGGGCUUUCUACUGUUGAAAGCCUUCUUCCCGAAUCACCCUCAAAGAAAAGCAAGGUUGGAAUUAUAAUCGGUUCGAUUGUUGGAGCUGUAGCUGCACUUGUUCUGGUCGGUAUCUGCUACUGUUGCAUGGUGGCCCGCAAGUCAAAGACUACUAACCAGGGUCAUCCAUGGCUACCUUUGCCUUUAUAUGGAAAUUCUCAGACCAUGACAAAGAUGUCCACAACUUCUCAAAAGAGUGGCACAGCAAGCUGCAUCUCAUUGGCUUCCUCCAAUCUUGGUCGGUUCUUCACAUUCCAAGAAAUCCUUGAUGCAACCAACAAAUUUGAUGAGAACCUACUUCUUGGAGUUGGUGGAUUUGGCAGGGUCUACAAAGGAACCCUUGAAGAUGGAACUAAAGUGGCUGUAAAAAGAGGAAACCCCAGAUCAGAACAAGGUCUCGCUGAAUUUCGAACUGAGAUUGAAAUGUUGUCCAAGCUCCGACAUCGCCACCUUGUCUCUCUUAUUGGCUAUUGUGAUGAACGGUCAGAAAUGGUCCUUGUAUAUGAAUACAUGGCUAAUGGACCUCUCAGGAGCCAUUUGUAUGGGACGGAUCUACCACCAUUGUCAUGGAAACAGCGGCUUGAAAUAUGUAUUGGUGCUGCGAGGGGGCUCCAUUAUCUUCACACAGGUGCUGCUCAAAGCAUUAUUCACCGAGAUGUCAAGACAACAAACAUUCUCCUGGAUGAGAAUUUCGUGGCCAAAGUUGCUGAUUUUGGCCUCUCAAAAACUGGUCCAGCUCUCGAUCAGACCCAUGUCAGUACUGCAGUUAAGGGUAGCUUUGGUUACCUUGAUCCUGAAUACUUCCGAAGGCAACAACUCACAGAGAAAUCAGAUGUAUAUUCAUUUGGGGUGGUUCUAAUGGAAGUUCUCUGUACUAGACCAGCUCUGAAUCCUGUUCUCCCAAGGGAGCAAGUAAAUAUCGCAGAAUGGGCAAUGACCUGGCAGAAGAAGGGCAUGUUGGACCAAAUUAUGGACUCCAAUCUGGUAGGAAAGGUGAAUCCAGCUUCACUCAAAAAGUUUGGUGAAACUGCUGAGAAAUGCCUUGCUGAGCAUGGAGUUGAUAGGCCAUCAAUGGGAGAUGUCUUGUGGAAUCUUGAAUAUGCUCUUCAGCUUGAGGAGACCUCAUCUGCACUUAUGGAACCUGAAGAUAACAGUACAAACCACAUCCCAGGCAUUCCCUUGACGCCUCUUGAAUCAUUUGAUAACAGUGUAAGCAUAAUCGAUGGAGGAAACUCUGGAACAGAUGAUGAUGCUGAAGAUGCUGCAACAAGUGCUGUGUUUUCCCAGCUAGUAAAUCCUCGUGGAAGAUAAGAAAUACAGAGUCCUGUCCAUUUUUGGCCAAGAGACUAUUUGGCCUCCUGAUGUAGAGUGUUCUUGGAAAAGUGCCCAGCUAAUGAACUAAGGUCAUUUCUUAUCACAAUACUCUAUUGUUUUACCUCAAUUUUUCUAUCAUAGUAUAUUUAGUUUGUAAUAUAGCAAUGAGGGUGCUAAUUAUUCCAUCAGAAGUUGCAUGUAAAGCACCAAAAGAUUCUCUCUUGAUUUGAAAUUCAUCCGGGUUUCAGCUGCCCAUGUUAUUUUUUUUACACAGUUACAAGAUAUUCAAUGUAUUGGACUUAUAACCUUUUGUUCACUGAAUUGGCAUAGAAAUAAGGCAUAGCUUCUUGUCUCA